UCUUACCACUUCACUGUCUGCUGAGCUGACCCAGAACAACGAGAUGGCGGUGGCGGCCAAAUGUGCUCGGAAAACCCUCCAACAAGCUUCGUCCUCCACCAAAACCCUCUUCUCUCGUCGAUCUUCCUCACCUUCUUCUGCUUCUUCUUCUCCAUUCGCCACUAAAUUCAACGGCUCUCCUUCUUCUUCCUCUCAAUUUGCAACUCACAAACGCCCACUCUCUUGUCCCUGGUUCCCUGUUCAGCUGGCUGGUGCACAAGUGUCUUUGACGCCAUUGCAUAGUGCCACUGCCUCUGCAUUGUUCACUUCUCUGCUGUCUCUUCACAAUACCAACUGGGGUUGUCUCUCAGAAGGUUUUGCAACACCUCUAUAGCAUGCCGAGGACAUCUUGCUUUUAGGCCAUCCAGAUACCACUAGGUGCAGGCUUUGUUCCAAUACUUGUUUCUAACAGGUGCUGCGAUUAAUAAUGUAAUUUGAUUCCUUUAUCUUUAUUUACUGAGACUGUCAAGUGCACAGUCAACCUGUUGAGCCGUACAAAGUGUUUAAUCCUUCAAUUUUGGAAAAUUUUCCAUGUAAAAUGUAUUCCAGUGUUUAAGUGAUUUAUUUUGCAUGAAUUUGCAGUUGAGAUUUUUGCUUGGUCA